GGUUUAUUGCGAACGGAUAAUAGGGGGUUUAUUAUGUAGUUUUGUGGAUGCUGGAUUGAUGAUGCUUGUUUGGGUAGGGAAUUAGGAUCUCUUGGUAGGUAUUUCUUUGCACUUUUUGGUGAAUGAGGGUCUUUGCAGGUGAAUAUUGGUAGAAAUCUUAGGGUCUUUUGGUGGAAUAUUGUCUUUAGUAGUAAAUGAGAGCUCUAGAAGCUUUAUAGAAGUAGUCAUAAGUGGUUUUCAUGGUUAGAUGCAAAAUGUUAGUAGUUCCUAAAAGGAUUUCUUAUUGGAGUUGCUUUUAGAAGAUAUCUGAAUUAGCGAUUUUCUCAAAUAUAUAUAGCAAUUAGAACUCCUGAUCGAAAGUGUUUUUAUUUUAUACUUGUUUUUUUAAUGAAUUUUUUAAGGAAGCUUUUUUUCUCUCCAGUUACAGAUAUCGUGCUAAUUAUAGAGUUAUUUUAAUAUUAAAGUUAUGGCUAUACUUUGAAACAAUUAUUUUUUCAAAUUGGCAAGCAUAAGCAAGAACUCUUAGACAAUCUUAACUUUAGAAGCAAUGAAAGUUAUUGAACUAUAAAUGAUUUAUACGAGUUAAAAUGAUUCUUUUAUCUAAAAAAAACAUAAAAAAGAUGCCCUUAUAUAUCAGUUUUUUACCUCACUUAAUUAUAUGCAUUCUUCUCAGAGAAUAUUAUUACUGGAUUUUCUCCUGGAAAAAUAUUCUAAAACUAAAAGAAGGUCUUCACAGUUUAUUUUAAGCCUGCUCUUGUUUAAAGAGCUUGAUUAUAACUUCUCUGUAUUGCUAUGCUAUCUCAAAGUUGGCCUAAAGUUCUAGAAACACGGACUUAAACUGAUUUAGCCAGUAUGAAUAGUUUACUUUCAUGAUGACGUAUUUGUAUGAGAUUUAUGGUUACAAGUCGGCUGGAGUGCUUAAGCUUAAUUCUCUUAAACUAGGUAUCCUUUCAACACAAAUUCUAAACAAGACGGUUGUGCAACUCUAUAGCUUAAUAUUUUCCUUUGAGGAUGAUACUUA